UCGCCCGGGGCCGUGGAAACCGUGGAGGAGAGGAGGAAGAAGAAGCGGAGCACCUCCCCCUCAGAAUCUCGUCGUCUCUCCGGCGGCCGCCGCCACCACCGCGAUGAUCAGCAUCCUCGCGCAGGAGCGCCUCCUCGGGUUCGCCCUGGGCUCCGUCUCCAUGGGAGGGUUCGUCCUCCACCAGCGGCGCGCCAUCUACCGCUCCCUCGCCGACGCCGAUGCCGCCGCCGCCCCGUCGCCCUUCUCCUACCAGCCAAAUGAAACCAGUGGUAGAAGGAGCUCGACUCAAUUAGCUCACGUAUGGAACAAGACGGUGGAUGAGACUCUGGGACGACUUGUUGCAUACCUCAGCUCUCGUGGAUGGUAAUUCAGACACUAUAUCUGCUUGUGCAUGGCAAAAUCAGCAGACGGGGCAUUGGCUCCCUGGUUGUCAUUGUUGUGCUAUGAUUUACUCACAUUUCUUCGAACACAUAGCUUGGAUACAGUGAUGCAUUUAAUUUAAGAAAGGUUUAACAUCAGGGAAUAUAUGGAUGGAUCAAUGUCCUAUUUAUCCCAGAAAAAAAUGUUCUUUCUGCUACAGAUUUUCUUGCAUGUAAUACACUUCAGGGCCUACGCAGUA